AUGGGAAAAAAAUACGCCGAUAAAGCACAAUUUAUCUUAAUCUAUAUUAAAGAAGCGCACGCAUCUGACGAAUGGCCCUUAGAUUAUUUAAACGAUAGUAUGGAUGUGUCUUUCAAGAAACCAAGAGUCCUUGAAGAGCGGAUGUCACUCGCAAAGCAGUUUAUUGAUCGAUUCGACAUUAAAUUGCCCGUUUAUGUGGAUGAUAUCAAAGAUACCAUGGCAAAGGAAUAUAGUGCAACGCCUGAGAGAUUGUACGUGAUUAGAGAUGGUAAAAUCAGCUAUAAAGGUGGCCCAGGUCCUAUGUGUUAUGAUCUAGACGAAUUAGAAUCGCAUUUACAAGAAUUAUAA